AUGGCUUCUAAAAAAGAUAAUCAAAACUCUUUAAAUCGUUGGAAACUCGAUUUUACUUCAUGUAAAAGUAACAACAAAUACACAAAUCCCCCAGGAUUCAAUCCUCGUAUUAUUGCAUCUCAAGGUGGAGAAACACUUACUACAGAUAAUAAAGAACAACAACAACAUUUGUUAAAUAAAAGAUCAUGGGAUAUGGCACUUCAACCUAUUAAAUCUAUUCCAAUGAAUCUUUUUAUGAUGUAUAUGACAGGAAAUGCAAUUUCAAUAAUUCCUUUAAUGAUGGUUGGAUCAAUGUUUUGGAAAAAUAUACAAGCAAUAGUUACAGUUAACUCAACAUUUAAAGUUUUGGAAGAACAGAUGUCUGGUUCAAUAAUUUUAAAUAAAUUGGUAUAUAUAAUUGGAAACUUACUAGGAAUUUUAUUGGCAAUGUAUAAAUGUAAUAGUAUGGGCCUUUUACCAAAUGGUACAUCAGAUUGGUUGGACUUUAUGGAACAUCCAGAACCAUUACAGUCUAGUACUUGGUCUGGAGUUAUUCUGAUCUAA